AACUCUGAAGCUGGUAAUUAAAAGAGAAAAAAGAAAGAAGAGUGGCGGCUCUUUGGUUUUGAUAAGUCAAGCUUAGGUCCAACAAGUGAGUUGGACCCGGCAGUAGCCAAACUUGGUAGGGCAGCUGCAAAACGUUAUUUAGCCAGGAGCUGCUGCCUGUGAAGGAAUAAUUUUGGUCAUAGGUCUUGUCUGAAAAAAAUAUAUAAAGCCAGGCCCAGACAGAUGCAAGUCUAAAAAGAUCAGAUCGUUUAGGUCAUCUCUCUCCGUCUUCUAUUUUUAUCCUCAGUUGCUUUAGAAGGUCAAACUCAUCUCUUUAUUUUUCUGACAUUAUAUUGUUGAAUGCCACUUUUCACAGAAAUCAAUUUGCUGUCAGUCACAUUCAUUUAUUCUUUGGUUGGGGUUAGAAGGAAACUUUUAUUGGCGUUUGGAGCUGCAUACUUUUGAGAACAUUGAGAUUACGCAAGUGUGUGUAAUUAGCCAAAUAUGGCUUCUGAUCUCCAAGGUAAAGCGAUUGUAAUCAUGGGUGUCAGUGGCGCUGGGAAAUCUACAAUAGGUGAGCUUCUGGCCAAAGCUUUGGACUGUAGUUUUCUGGAUGCUGAUGAUUUUCACCCUCAAUCAAACAAAGACAAAAUGCAUCAAGGAAUACCUCUAACAGAGGAAGACCGGAUUCCAUGGCUUGAAAUCCUACAAGAUGCUUUAAGGGAGAGCUUGAUCAGUGGAAAAACUGUAGUGCUCAGCUGUUCUGCUCUGCAGAAACAAUAUCGAGAAAUUCUUAGAUCUGCAGACUCUGAUUACCAUCAUGGAAGCUUUAACAGUGCAGUUAAGUUCGUGUUGCUGGAUGCCAAGGCUGAGGUGCUUGCGGAGCGAUUAGAUAAAAGAGCUGCAGAAGGGAAGCAUUUCAUGCCGGCAAAGCUGUUGCAAUCUCAGUUGGAGUUGCUUCAGAUAGAUGAUUCUGAAGCAAUAUGUAAAGUUGAUGCUACUCUAAAUCCUCAAGCACUUGUAAAUGCCAUAAAAACUUUGAUUUUCGGACCAAGAAAACCAAUUGCAUUAUAAGUGCAGUGUGAAUUCAAGAUCAGCCACUUCAAACUUGCUUCGUGGUAAGAAAAACCCAACUUGGUUCCAUUAAAGAUCAUGUGGCCGUACAGAUUUGUAGAUUUAAUAAUCCAAGGAAUUGAUUAGAAACUUCUAUACUUUGUUAUAUUAAAUCAUUGACAAGCCACAGAACUGGCUCUGUGUCAUUUGAUCGUA